AUGUACAACAACAACAUACAUAAUAUUGCAAUACAUACAGUGUUUAGAGAUGUAAUACUUUGUCGCAAGAUACUCAAUCAUGUCAGUGAGAUCAAUCGCAACAUCAUUCAAGACCAAGACAAUAAGGAGAUAUACAAAUCAGUGAUCAAGGGCAAACAACUGUUGGACAAUGGUAUCCUUGAUCAGAUGUUAAGAUACAACGCCACACAAUACUUUAUCGACGAGUUUGAUCAUGUCUCGUCGUCACACUACCCAAAUGGAUAUCCUCAGAAUGACCAUCUCCUCGCAUGUGCGGCGAUCUUCAACAAUGAACGAGUGUUCAAACAUCUGUUGACAUGCACCAACAUGACAUUUCCAUCAGAGUACUCUGAGGAGCUCGGGCAUAUCUUGGAUUACAUGCGUUCCUGUGUGAUCAAGAGUGGCAGCAUUAUAAUGCUUCAGGCCUACCUCGACAUCAGCCAACAUCAACAGAUGAUCGACAUCUCAUUCGGCACGCUACUGAUGGUCAAUCAUGGUGGCGCAGAUGUUACUUCAACGUUCAUCGGUUGA